AUGGAAGAGCGUGGAAGUGGAAAUGGACUCGUGUACUCAAGCGCAAAUGAAACUGCAACCACUGGAAGUCCUGAAAGUAGAGGCAAGUAUGCCCUUCCAGAGUACUUUGUUCACUCGACUGAGAUCACUACUGGUGUGUAUCAAUCUUCCACGUCGUAUUCAUCGAGUUCUGAUGGAGCCCAAGUGUUUUAUGACCAUGAUCCAAGAAGUAGUGCUUACUCGAAUCUUAUCCGUCAGCAGAAUACAUCUGGAAAUGGUUAUUGGGGUGAGAAUGAACAUUAUCAGUCUGGAGGAUACCAUUUUGAUGGAGGGCCUGGGUACCACUUUGGAUGUACUUAUGGAUACCCUUCCACAUCCGGAGUGACAAGUGCAGGAGCCUAUCAUUCCACAAAUCACGGAACCUGGCCAAGUGUCGGAUAUCAAUACAGCCGACAUGGUUCCGGUGGUGGAAUACAGUCGUCAAUGUUUUACAAUUCGAGAAUAAAGCGAAUGAGGACCACCCAAGGGAGUUUGGAAGGCCAAGUGGGUGAGAGGGGAAAGAGCUACGGUUCACCUCCACCCCAACCGCAGCCUCCACAAGCAAAUCCUUUGAACUUGAACUCUGGAUGUGUGUCACAAGUAUCGCCCACUGUCCAGUGGAGACCACAAGGCUCAGGGCAAAUUCAACUCUGGCAAUUUCUCUUGGAACUUCUGGCAGAUAGUAGAAACCUCGCGUGUAUAACUUGGGAGGGGACGAACGGUGAAUUCAAGUUGGUUAAUCCAGAUGAUGUGGCCAGGAGAUGGGGAGAGCGUAAAUCGAAACCGAAUAUGAACUAUGACAAACUGAGUCGUGCAUUGCGUUACUAUUACGACAAGAACAUAAUGAGCAAAGUACAUGGGAAGCGCUAUGCUUACAAAUUCGAUUUUACCGGCCUCGCACAAGCGAUGCAACCCUCUUCAGCCUGCGAUGCUCCAACUUCAAACGCUGCAACUUCCUUUCCACUAGGUCUCACAUCCACGUUUCCCCGAGGCAUCAUUGAACACCCCCCAAAUGGACCCAGUUUUCCCCGCGAAGCGUCACCUGAAGUGGAUCAAAGUCGAAAAACCCCCAAUGCUUGCUUGAAACGUCCUAGAGAACGCAAUCCACCACCGCAACCGCGGCGCGAUUUCGAGAACUUCGAUAUGAAACAGCAGCAGCAACAACAACAACAACAACAGUUUCAAUAUAAAAAUGGAAGCUAUCCGACUUCUCAACAAUUUCUUGCUGCCGCAGCAGCUUGUUUCAUUCCCGAAACGCACCACAACCAGAAUUCCGGACACACUACAGGGUGCUAUGAAAGCACCGAUGGUUAUGUGAGUCAAAGUCAACAGAGUGGUUGUUAUGGCAGCCACCAUCAUCACCAACAUCAACAUAAUCAUCACUCACCUGAGUCGGCAGCUGGAUCGACCAAUUAUUGCCAGCAGCCUGCGAACCCCUUUAUGAUGAUCUCGGCGGGUUAUAAUGUGGAGAGUUUAACCAAUAGAAAUAGUGGUGUGGUUGUGUCGGAGGCCAACGGACAGGCACCAAAAUGA